UUUUUUUGAUAUCUGUGAGUGUUUAAGUCAACUUGCUCAAUUUCUUCUAAAUUCUUARGUAUGAACRGAAAUGUUUGUAAGUAGCCACUUUGGUGGUGACUGGUGUAAGGUUCCUUAUAUAUUGUUUUCUAUAUCACUUUGUUUUAAUUGAAAUCCUGUUUAUUAUUUUUGGUUGACACGUGCUUGACCACUAUACAUGUAUUUUGAAGUGCUUAGACUCUGAAGUGUAUGCUUAUGUGUAGUUGAAGUUUAGAGUUAGUUGUCUACUUGUCUUAACUCUUACCUGCGGUUGAUUGUUGAAUGUAUGAAUAAAAAUGGUACUGUGGCCAUCUAAUUUAGAAUACACGUUACUCUAGUAGUUUCUUUUAUUACCGCAAUGAACGAGCAUCCAGUGGAGAGAAAACCUGUUUACUCUGAGAAAUAGAUUCUUGCAUGGAUGUACAAUAUAUUUGUAGCUCCGAACUAGAAGAASAUGUAUUUUGCUUGUGACCAAAGAAGUGGCUGAACAAUUCUUUUCAAUGCUUAGUCUCGUAGUUGCAUAUGUGUAUCAGUACUUUUGAAAUUACUUCAUGGYUUUUGAUGGCUACUUGGUGACACAUCUCAUCGUUAUYAGCUCCAUAAUGUCAGUUAAAUUUCCCUUAAAAAUGGCCAAAAAARAUAUUAUGUUUCACUUUCUUGCUUAGUCAAAAGCUGGGGCUCUGAAGUGAAAUACAUGACCUUAUUUGGAUAUUGUGGUGGCAAUAAGAUGGCUCCAUUAUUUUGAUUCCAAUUGAAUUCAAAAUAGUUCUUCAUAUAGAAUUAGUGAUUAAUGGAUUUAAGUAUCAAGUGACUCUUAAUCAUGGAACUCUAAUGUGAGUUAAAUAUGUGACUUGUUGUUAUUAGUCCUAAGAGGUCUAGGAGGGACAGGAAACCAUUAGAGGAGAAGUUAUCCAGAAACUCUAGUUCUCACGUUGAUGAUAAUAAAGAUCGGGAUCAGAAGCAUGAGCUUCGUCRCAGAGGGCAAAAUSUGAUACCCCAUGAGUCUUCAUUAGCACUUGAUUCUAAGCCAGAAGGUGGGGUUGUUAGCAAAGAGGCAAACAAGAACAGUGAUGGGGGGAGGGAUGGAGGGACUAAACAUUCAUUGAAUCCCACUGAAGUAUCUCGAGUGCGAUCUUAUUUUCAGCCCUGUGCCUUCAAGUGCAUCCGUGUAUAUAACUUCUUAGGCUUGCCUGUGCAUGUCUUAUAACAGCAYGAGGAACGUGGUAAUGCCGGGCAAGUUGGUCGAAGCUUUGGUCGGAGUGCAACUAGUGAGCGUGGUUGGUGGAAGGAUUCGAAGGAUGAGGAUAACGAUAGGGCACCUGGAAAGACAGCAACUUAUAAUUCACAGCAAAGAGAUGAGAUGCCACAAAGGGAGGAUAAUCACACGAGGCAUCRUGAUGGAUCCUCGAAAGUGGAGGUUGAUGCACCCACUCCUGCUCGGAAAAGGCCUGCAUUUAGGGAAAAGAAGAUUGCAGUAGACAGUGAAAAUKUUGACAAAGCGGCUGUGGCAUCAGAGACUAAGAAAUCGAGUGAUCCACACCAUCCUGAGGACGGAAGGGAACGGAGAGAGGAAAGAGGCCGCGACACACGUUAUUCUGAGAAACUUAAUAAGCAUGUCACUGGAGACAUGGGUGCCAAAAGGGAUGAGAUAAAGAGAGGUGGCUACCCAGUGAGAGAAAGGUAUGGGAAUGGAGGUGGUGGGAACUACAGGGGAAGAGACAGAUUCGGCGGGAGGCAAGGAUAUCGAGCGGGAGCGGGUGGUACUCGUGUAGAGAAAUGGAAGCAYGACCUGUUUCACGAGGCUAACCGGAGUCCAACUCCGAAGAAUGAAGAGGACCAAAUUGCCAAGGUUGAAGCUCUCCUCGCUUCUUAGGAUGGAAUUAGCCAAUGAUGAUGAUGAUGCACUCUGAUUUUGUUGAGUCUAGUGAAUAUGAAUUGACAGAAGCAUUUGAAAUGAUGUAGCUUGUGUUUUUCUGAAACUCCUCUUCUCCUUUUGCUUCUUUUUGUUUGUUACAACUCAAUGUAAUUGAAUUGCCCAAUUCUAUCAAUCCAAACUAAUGUAUUUUCAUGAGA